GAAGGGCUUCAAGUUGAAGUCUUGGGGGAAGGAUGGGCUGACAGGGAAGGCUCUCUGAUGCCCCUGGGCUUGCCCCCUGGAGAUGGUGGGUGAUGGAGCUGUUGCCAUGGGAACGGAGAGCUGCCUGAGCAGGAAGAGGUCAGAUGCCCGGCCCACUCCUCCAGCCCCUGGCCCCCAGAGUGGAGGUUGCCCGCCGCCGCACUGCCUUUGUUGCUGGAAGACGUAUGUUCUCAUGUGCCCUGGUGGACCAGGGAUGCACAAAAGGGUGACGCUCCCCAGCCCCCCGCCCCCCCACCCCGGCAUCAUGCAUCGGACCACACGGAUCAAAAUCACGGAGCUGAACCCCCAUCUCAUGUGUGCCCUCUGUGGGGGCUACUUCAUUGACGCCACCACCAUCGUGGAGUGUUUGCAUUCCUUCUGCAAGACCUGCAUCGUGCGCUACCUGGAGACCAACAAGUACUGCCCCAUGUGCGACGUGCAGGUGCACAAGACGCGGCCGCUGCUGAGCAUCAGGUCUGACAAAACUCUCCAAGACAUCGUCUACAAGCUGGUCCCCGGGCUUUUCAAAGAUGAGAUGAAGCGGCGACGGGACUUCUACGCGGCUUAUCCGCUGACGGAAGUCCCCAACGGCUCCAAUGAGGACCGCGGUGAGGUCCUGGAGCAGGAGAAGGGGGCCCUGAGCGAUGACGAGAUCGUCAGCCUCUCCAUUGAGUUCUACGAAGGUGCCAGGGACCGGGAGGAGAAGAAGGGCCCCCUGGAGAAUGGCGACGGGGACAAGGAGAAGACAGGGGUGCGCUUCCUGCGGUGCCCGGCAGCCAUGACCGUCAUGCAUCUUGCCAAGUUCCUGCGCAACAAGAUGGACGUGCCCAGCAAGUACAAGGUGGAGGUCCUGUAUGAGGACGAGCCGCUGAAGGAGUACUACACGCUCAUGGACAUCGCCUACAUCUACCCCUGGCGGCGGAACGGACCUCUCCCCCUCAAGUACCGCGUCCAGCCGGCCUGCAAGAGACUCUCCCUGCCCACUGCGCCCACAGCCUCCGAGGGCACCAACACCAGUGGGGCAUCCGAGUGUGAGUCGGUCAGCGACAAGGCUCCCAGCCCCGCCACCCUGCCGGCCACCUCCUCCUCCCUGCCCAGCCCCGCCACCCCCUCCCAUGGCUCUCCCAGCUCUCACGGCCCCCCGGCCACCCACCCUACCUCCCCCACUCCCACUUCCACUGCCAGUGGGGCCUCCACAGCCACUAAUGGGGGCACCUCAAACUGCCUGCAGACACCAUCCUCUACCAGCAGGGGGCGCAAGAUGACUGUCAACGGAGCUCCUGUGCCCCCCUUAACUUGAAAGGGACUCUUUUUCUUCCCAGCCAUGCCCCUUCACCCCUCCACUUUUUUCUGGGCCCCCUUUUCCACCUCUUCUAUUUUCCCCAGCUCCUCCCACCUUAGGGGUGGGGGGUGGGUUUUAUAAAUAAAUCUAUAUAUAUAUGUACAUAGGAAAAACCAAAUAUACAUACUUAUUUUCUAUGGA